AUGAAGUUGGCUGAGAGGAAGGAAGGAGCAGGAAGGAUCAAGAGAAACACUUGUCGAAUCAAACUGACACUCACAGAAUACACCCUACUUUUCGUUGCUAAAAAGGCCACCGGCACUUGUCGGCCGAUCAGUCACCGGACGGCCAUGCUGCCAUGCUGCCACGAUGCCGAUCCCCGGACCCGUCGAUGCCAUGACGCCCGUGGACGGGAUACGAUGGUUGGAACACUGGAUGCGGUGCUAACGAUAAAUAGAGAAAGAUCUUCAGUGCUCAGACGUUCCAGAUUCUGCGCGGUCGAAACAAUGGUAGACGUGGUGGAUGGUGGUGAUGGUGGAUGA